AUGGGCCAGCCGCCCUUGAGAAUACUUCAACUCUACCAUUUUGUCCCACAAUCCGCCCGUCUCUUUCUCUAUCGCCUUCUCCUACCAAUUGGUACAUACCUCUACGGUACCGGGACUUACGGUGUGCUUAAUGUUCAACGGCUACCCUUCAAUCUAUACCUCAAACGGGCCCCGUCUCAGCGUCUCGUGAACGAAGCGCGUGCACUUGAAUUGGUUGCAAAACACACAACAUUAAAUGCACCUCGGGUUCUUGAUUUUAUCGAGUUACCAGCAGCAGAAGAGUGUUGGAUGUUGACCACUCGCAUCGAGGGUGACAUUGCGGGAAAAUGCCUCACGUUGAUGGAUGCUGAACAACUAGAGCAGUUCAGCAUUGAUUUUAGGGAUUAUGUGGAGCAAAUUCGAUCUAUCCCAAAUCCCUAUUCCCAUCUUAUCUGCAGCCCACUUGGUGGAGAGUGUCGCGAUUGUCGAAUUGACCAUGACAAUGGCGGGAACGGACCCUAUGACAAAAUUGAGGAUCUGAACAAGCGUCUCAUGAGCAUCUCUAGCCCGAUUCCAGAAGACGCUGAUAGAGCUCUGGUUGCAGAGGUACAUUCCCGGCCAUACCGUGUUUUCUUCACGCAUGCGGAUCUCAAGCCAGGAAACGUGCUGGUACAUAGUGGUAGAUUAUCUGGGUUUGUUGAUUGGGAAUUUGCAGGUUGGUAUCCUGAGUAUUGGGAGUACAGCAAGGCGUGCUAUGUUGUGUACAGAUGGCAGCUUUGGUUGGAAACGAUGAAAAAGGCGUUCCCUGAAUACACUGAUGAAUGGAGAGCUGAACGGGUACUCCAAGCCCAUACCUGUCCCCUCUGA